GGCUAAGGCAGAUGAGCAACAUGGCGGUCGGCGCAACACGCGCGUCGAUUUCCGGAACUGUAUGUUGCCCCCCCCGGCAGGCGACCCUCGGCAACCAGGCGAUGUGCCGCGGCCUGGGAGCGGCCUUUUGGCUCAGUUCGGAAGCCGGAGUCCUCACGGUCCUAAGCUGUAUUGCAUUGAGGAACCAGUCACACCAAUCGGAUCUCCAGAAGGACCUUCCAAUAGGUCUCCAGAGGGGGGGACACUGGCUUCUAAACCUGGGGUUCUCUAUUCAAUGAUCAGGGAUUCCAAUGCGACAAAGACCGGUAAUAAGUCGACUAUCUCGAUACCAGCUGACGCUGGUCGCUUUGUGGACCUCUUCAAGUAUUCAAUUGGGGACCGAGACGUUGUCGCUGUGAGGCGACAGGUUAACAGGAGUAACGCCACUGUGUGGGGGAUGCGACUGAUUGACCGUUGUAAAGACACCCGGGUCAUGACUGACGAGCAAAAGAGAAUCGACCAUGACAAUUUCAUUCGUGUAUUGGCUGACGAUGGGAGGGCUAGUGACAACGUAGUCUUUGAAUUCAUGGCGCUCUCUUUGAGAGAUAUCAACAAAUUCCGCAGGGUAAGCGACUACGCAUCUAGCUACGAGUCCACCAUCAUCUUCCACCAGCUUUUCUUGGCCCUGAAACAUCUGAAAGAGCUCGAAAUGAGCUACAUCGCUUUGGACGCCUCUAAUAUUCUGUUGAAUUUGAGAGGCCAGGUAAAACUCUAUCACUGUAUCAACCAAAAGACCACCACUCUGUGCCAAAGCUUUUUGAACUUAAUACUACAAUGUGUCGGAGUUGUGGAGGGUAAAUCGCAUCUUUGGGAUGACGAUUUUCUCGGGUUCUUCAAAAGCUUGCAGAAUGUUGUUGAAUCGAAUUCGAAAGACGAAAUAUCAGAUGGAGAGGGUAUCAGGAAAUUGGCUAAACAUGAAUUCAUCACGGAGAGUAAGGUGACUGCGGCGGCACUCGAGCAAUGUAUACUAAUAGUACUACAAAACAACCGCUUUGGGCGUGUAUUGCCGGGUCUAAAAAAGCAAUAGGAUAUUUAAAGUAGGGCCUAUUGAAACUCCGGUGUCUGUAAUCGAGCCAAGUCAGAGUAAUGGACGAGUGUAGUAGGGAGAACGCCGGUUGAUAAAUAUAUUAUUAGAUAGGGAGCUGGGCGGAAAUUGACUGGUAAGGCUUGGCUCACUCUACAUGGAGUCGGCCAUUAUGACUAGGGUAGCAAUACUUUAUCACGCA